AUGCAGCAGCCGAUGCAGUGUCCAGGAGGGAAGACUACAGUGGCAGAAGCCCCUGCGACGCCGGACGACGCCAGCGCACAGCAGUCCGGCUGCACCUCCCCGGAGGUGGCCACCCUGCAGCCGCAGCCGCGGCGGGCGGCGGGCGAGGGCCGCCUCGGCGUGCCGAGCUCGCCGCUGUGCGACGCGGGCUGGUUGGCAGGCGACGGCGCGGCUCCAGACGAGGUGCGCGGCAUCUGGGGCGACGCCAAGCCGGGGGCGGCCACCGCGGCCAGCUCCGUCAGCACCUCCGCUGGCCUCACGCCCGGGCCCUCGGAGGGCCGCCCGGAGUCUGCCCAGGAGCACGUGCCCGUCCUCGGCGGCGGCGGUGUGCGCGGACCCGCGUUGGGAGGCCAGCCGCUCUUCCCGCAGCAGCAGCAGACGCAGCCUGCGCCGCAGCAGGGCGGCGGGCAGCGGGGGGCCCCAGCGGCUCCCAGCCCUGCGAAGGAGGUGCCAUCCCAGAGCAGGAAGAUCUUCGUGGGCGGGGUCCCCCAGGACAUGAGCCAGGAGGAUCUGCACCAGGUGUUUCACAACUACUGGGUGAAGAAGGCGUGGCUGCAGCAGUGUCGGACCGACGUCGACGAGCUCCGGAACCCUUCCGCGUCGCGGCGCAACCACCGAGGGUUCGGGUUCGUCAUCUUCUACAGCACGGACGCCAUCGACCAGCUUUUGGGCAGCAGCGACUCCAAGUUUAUCCGCGACAUUGAAGAUGGCAAGUUCGCCGGCAAGAAGAUAGAGGUGAAGCGCGCCGUCAGCAGCAACGAGAUCAUGACGGGCGGGAAGGCGCCGGCGGACCAGCCCCAGCAGCAGCUGCGGGGUCCCCCCGGCGGGCCGGCGGCGCCGGGGGCCCCGCGGGGCGCGGGUGGGCGGCAGGCCCACCAGGCGCAGCCGGCGCAGGCGCAGCCCUCCCCGUGGCCGACGCUGACGACCCCGGUCGACCAGCAGGCGGUACAGCCGGCCUUCCCAACCCGGCCGGCGCAGCCGUACAUGAUGUACCAGAUGGCAUGCAAUGGCGUGCAGGCGGCGUACCAGGUGCCCCAGCAUAUGCCACAGGCGGCGCACAUGCCGCAGAUGUCGCAGAUGCCUCAGAUGUGCCUGCCGCAGAUGCAGCAGAUGGCGCAGAUGCCGCAGAUGCCGCAGAUGGCGCACAUGCACCAGCAGCUCCACAUGGGGCCUUGCGGGGGAGCUCAUGGUUGCCCUGGUCAAGGUAUGCCCGCAUGCGCCCACCCGUGCAUGGUCCAGCAGCCCAUGGGAUAUGUGCAGCAGCCAUCUGGUCUGCCACUGCAGCACCAACACCACGUGAUUACAUCAGCUUUCGCAGCGACUUCAGCGCCAGCCGCUGCGCAAUGAUCCCUCCUUGCGCUCAGUACAAUUCUGUGCGCCCUCGGAUUUUGCUUGUGUAUUCCAAGGGACUCGCCAAGGGACUGAGUAGCAGUGCCAAUCGCAACUCAAAUAUUUGCAACUUGCAGCAGACUUCGACACCCCGCACGGCGGACAUGCGUCCAGCGUGCCUCGGCCGUGAGCCCGG